GUAAAAACAAGCAGACAUGGUUCGCAUGAACGUCCUCGCCGAUGCGCUCAACGCCAUCAACAACGCCGAGAAGCGCGGAAAGCGUCAGGUUCUCAUCCGUCCAGCCUCCAAGAUGAUGAUGCUGGCAGCCUCGGUCGCAAAAAAUGACCAAGGCUCUCCGUGAAUUUAGAAUUUAGUGAAAGAAACUCGGUUUUAUUUCCAAACAUAACUUUCGGUUCUAAUUAAACGGAGACACCCUUGGUUAGAUUCUCUCAAUCUGGAGAUCUUCCUGGGAUAUGAAUGUUGAAGGUCAUCGUCCGCUUCUUGACCGUCAUGAUGAAGCACGGAUACAUCGGAGAGUUCGAGAUCGUCGACGACCACCGCGCCGGAAAGAUCGUCGUCAACCUCACCGGACGUCUCAACAAGGCCUCCGUCAUCUCCCCACGUCUCAACAUCCGUCUAAACGAUUUGGAGAAGUACACCAACACCCUCCUCCCAUCCCGUCAGUUCGGAUAUCUCAUCCUUACCACCUCCGCCGGAAUCAUGGAUCACGAGGAGGCCAGAAGAAAGCAUUUGGGAGGAAAGAUUCUCGGAUUCUUCUUCUAAAUCCAAACCCUAAUUUUUUGUUUGUUAUUAUUACAAAUAAAUUGUUGUUACAACU